AUGUUGCUCCAAGUACUAGUGUGCCUUUCGGUCGCCGCCUCGACAGUCGUGGCCGAGCCGACAGGCAAUGUUGCCUCCUCGAUCCCGACCUGGGAUCUCGCGGUCCCCAAGCGGGUGCGAGCGCGGGCCGCCCAUGCGCGUGCCGUCCAUACCAUGGUCGUCGUCAACAAUAACCCCGUAGUGCGCCGAGCGACGGCAGAGGAACGAGAGGCCGAAGUGCGACGAUACCUUCUCGCUCAUCCCGCCGACGAAGGAUGGGACGGUGUGACCCCCUUGGACGAGAUCGAGGCCCGGGCGGCCUUCUACUUUGCGACUCCGAGCGAAGACUCGGCCCCAGAGGGGAUGAUGAAGAUCGCCAAACGCGCACCGCUCACACCAGCCGAGUCCCGAGCGGCUGCUCAAGCUGCUAAAAACAGUGAAAGAGCCGCAGCUGUGGCGUCCAGGGCAGCGGCGGUAUCGGCGGCAGCAGCAUCUAAGACGUGAGUGCAUCCUCAGGGGUGGCGAGCGAGCGAUGCCAAUGGCAGAGUAUGCCGGGAACUGACUUUCAGCUUGGCUCAUUUCAUUAUGGCUCAGUACGACCUCCACCACGACCACGGUCUCUACCACGGGUGAGUGCUUGUUUCAAUAAUUCACAGCACAGGUCUUUUUUGCAAGGUGUACUGUAUGAAUUAACCUCUGGCGCUCUCAGUGCUGACCUUGCGCGUUUUCUGGCCACAAGCCUCGAGGACCACGACGGCUAUAACGACGCCUAGUAAAACCCCCACGACGACUGCCACGACGACCGCUUCGAAAACUUCUGCAGGAAACUGCGCCCCGGCUUACACUGCCGGUGGCACAACCAUCUCUGGCACUGGCACCCUCCCCAAGGCCACAAGUUACGUCAAGCGUGCCUCUUCGGGCCAGGGCUUGACCCUUGACGGGGCGACCUACAGGAUUGUGGGCACCAACAUCUACUGUGAGUCCGAACGGAUCUGGCGCACUCAUGUCUACACUCUGGUGGCUCACCCUGUUCGCUCCUUUUCGUUUGCUGCUUCAUAUAGGGCUUUGCAACGAGUAAGACCCAGCGGAGACAAGGUCUGAUCCCUAUCCUGGCCUGACAGAUGAACCACUGUUUUCCUCAGUGAAAACAUUGCCGGUGUCUCCAAAGGAACGCCCACCGAUAAAACCCGAGUCCGCGAAGCUCUUGCCAUCGCCGUGGCCAUGGGUGCCAACACCAUCCGAUUGACCUCGUGCGGUACCAGUGUCGCUUACGCCCAAGGUGGGUUUUCAAUGCUCGCGCACUGUUGUACGAUCCUCCAAUUGUGCUUCUCGGCUAACGUCAAGUGUCCGUCAUAUUCUGCAGCGAUGAACCCGUCGUACCAGGUCUUUGGUGGCGCGGCGCAACUCGACAUUCACGAUUACGUUGUCUACGCUGCAGGGCAAUACGGUCUGCGCAUCGUCAUGCCCUUGACCGACAAUUAGUACGCCCGCGGUUCUCUUCACAAGUUUAUUCUUGGCCGUGAGGCUAAUCAUGCUUGUUUUGCCUUGCCUGAAGCGAUUUCUACCACGGUGGCAAGUACUCUUACAUCCGCUUCGUUGGGGCGAGCGUGGCCAACUACGGCGCGAGCUUCCUCAACACCAACACCGUCUACGCGCCUUUCCGAGACUACGUCAACUUCGUCAUGAACCGAGUUAACCCCUACAACGGAAUUGCUUACAAGAACGACCCCACGAUCAUGGCAUGGGAGACUGGUUCGUACCGUUCUCCGUCAAAUCCAGGUGGUAGAUGCCGGCUCAUCUCUCCGAGUUUUCACUCUGACUUGAAACAGGAAAUGAGCUCGGAGGCUACAUCGGCAAGGAGAACUACCCUCCCGAAUACUGGACCAACAGAGUCGCGUCCUUGAUCAGGGGCUUGUCCCCCAAGUCGCUCAUCAUCGACGGUUCCGAUGGUUUCUACAACUACUCGACCAAGGCUCUGGCCCCCGGUCUGAACGUGACCAACAUCGACCUCAUGUCGGAUCAUGGCUACCCACGCAACGUCGCUUUGCUCAACGCCGAGAUCCCCAUCGUGCAGAAGUACAACAAGGGCUUCUUGCUGGGCGAGUUCGAUUGGACCAAUAGCUUUGGCGGUGACGAUUUGGCGACCUACCUCAACGCCGUCUUGGCGCAGACCUACAGUUAGUUCGGUUCCAUCCGCCCUCCCUCGUCCAAGCUCAUGGUACUGACUGUUCGGAUUAUCCUGAUAUGCAGUGGGAGUGCUUUCCUGGUCGAUUCAAGGCCACGACUCGCAAUGCUGUGCUUUCGUGCCUCACUCCGACGGUUACUCAAUGUACUACCCCAAUGGCAACAGUGCCGCCGACCAAGCGCGCAUUCUCCAAGUCGUCCAAUUUUACUACCGGGCCACCGGUCGAACCCCUCCUUCGACUUUACCCGCCGUGGCAUGCCCUCAACCGGCGUUCUAA